CAGUCCUCUGUUUAGCUGAGCAGAGAGCAGAGCAGUAUGAGCAAGCAGAGUGGCAUGAGCACCAAGAAACGCAGUAGAUCCGCCCGCAAGGCCCGAACCCGGAAACCCAAGUUCCUCAGCCUCCGCCUCCAGCUCUCCGCCGACAGGAAGGCGGCCGAGGAGGACCCGGCGGCCGUGGUGCCCGAACACGACUCCGCCACCAACUCGUCCGACGCCAGCUGCCCGCAGCUCGAUUUGUUCCCUCUCCAGCCCGACGACAGCAGCGUCGCGUACGAUCUCUUCUCCGCCGCCGAGAGCGACGCCACCACGCUCACCGCGCUCCUCGGCGCCCCCUCCACUUCCGCCUCCUCCGGCGAGGACCUCAGGGACAGUUCCCUGAGGUUCCCCUACGGAUGCCGGGGAGCGGCGCUCGCGCGGGCGGCGUUGAGGAGCAAGGAGAGGAACCCGUGCGAGGAGAAGUGGGUGUGCUACUCCGAGGUCACCAGCUGCGCCACCGCCGCCGCCGCCGAUCCAAGAAUGGAUUACCGGCGGCGUCUGUCUCUGAAGCUGGAUUACCAGGGGAUCAUCAACGCUUGGUCCGACAAGGCUCCGCUGUACAUCCAAUCGGAAUCUCCCCAGACGGUGCCGGACUUGUUCCACGACGAUUUUCUAUCCAAUGGGACAUGGGGUGGAGGGUGGGAGAGUAACAACAUGAGCUUGUACGCAGUACCGGAAAUGAUGGAGGGAAAGUUGAGAAACGACCGGGAAAAGGCACGGGAAGGCGGCGGAGAUGAGGUAGCGCCUGCGACAGGGCAAAUUCAAAGAGCGGCGAGUGUGUUGAGAUACAAGGAGAAGCGGCAGAACAGACUCUUCUCCAAAACGAUUCGUUAUCAAGUUCGUAAGCUCAAUGCCGAAAAACGUCCUCGAAUUAAGGGUAGGUUUGUAAAAAGAGAUUGAAUGGAAGAGUGUGUUGUUUGCUGAUCCGGCCGGCGCCACAAGCUAAGGUGUACGUUUUGAUGAUGUUGGGCAGGGACCGUACCAGCCAAGUCAUCUGCGGGCCGCCCAUAGUGAAUGAGUGCCAGAGAUUAAUUGAAGAUGGGGUCGUGUUUAGUUUUAUGUCACUCUUUUUUUUCCCUUCAUUUUUGUGUAUCACAUUGCUAAUUUAUAAAGGAAAUUAGGAAUGUCCACUCACCAAUAACAAAGAAAUCAACUCCCAAUAACCUUUUCAAGAGUGCGAAGAAUAAAUAAAUUCAUUAAUAAAGCGCGCGGCAGAACUAUUUUCAGUUCGGCACCCACACUUCGAUCUGAU